AUGUCUAUGCUGCUGCCUCCCAUAUCGCUGUCGAAGCAAGGCUCUUCGCUACCAAAGCCGGCGGCUUCUCAGACAACCCCUCGACCAAAUACUGAUCCGUCGCAGAAGCCCAAGGCUAAGGCCGCCGCCGCCAAGAAGGCGCCAGCGAAGAAACUGACGCAAACCACACUGAAGACGAAGGCCGCACCCAAGAAGCGGGCAAAGCCCGAGUCCGACGACGACGACGAUGGCGCAUCCACUUUCUCCAACACACCCCCUAGCGCGAAGAAGCUUAAAAAAGCUCCCGCUGCCAAGAAGUCCAACGGGAACCCUCUCGCGGAAAUCGAAAACGACAGCAUGAUGAUCGACGACGAGGAGCCCGUCUCGGGACCCAAGUCCAAGAAGACGGCCACCGAUACCUACCAGAAGCUCACCCAGCUCGAGCACAUCAUCAAGCGUCCCGAUACCUACAUUGGAUCCGUGGAGCCGACAGAGCAACCCAUGUGGGUUUUCAACAAAGAGACGAAGCUCAUGGAGUAUCGCAAGGUUACGUUCGUCCCUGGUCUGUACAAGAUAUUUGACGAAAUUCUCGUCAACGCUGCCGACAACAAGCAGCGAGAUGCCACCAUGACCUACAUGAAGAUAUCCGUCGACCGCGAGGCUGGAGAGAUCACCGUUGAGAACAACGGUAAGGGUAUCCCGGUCGAGAUCCACGGCAAGGAGAAGAUUUACAUCCCUGAGAUGAUCUUCGGUCACCUCCUUACUGGUUCCAACUACGAUGACGACGAGAAGAAGACUGUUGGUGGUCGUAACGGUUACGGUGCAAAGCUUUGCAACGUCUUCAGUGAGCAGUUCACCCUCGAGUGUCAAGACUCCAACAGCGGUAAGAGAUACAAGCAAAUCUGGACCGACAACAUGAGCAAGUGCGGCAAGGCAAAGAUCACCAGCAGCAAGACUAGCGACUUUGUUCGCGUCACCUUCAAGCCUGACUUCAAGCGGUUCAGCAUGACUGGCAUUGACGACGAUCUCGAGGCUCUGAUCUACCGCCGCGUCUACGACAUGGCUGGUACCGUUCGGGGCAUCAAGGUGCACAUGAACGGCACCCACAUCAAGCUUGCCUUCAAGGGCUACUGCGAGAUGUAUGCCAAGGCUAUCGCGAAGGAACGCGGUGCCGAGGAGGGCGUCGAGCCCAAGGUCGUCGUUGAGGUUGACAAGACUGACGCUCAUCCCAGAUGGGAGAUUGCCUUCACUGUGUCAGACGGCUCGUUCCAGCAGGUCUCGUUUGUCAACUCCAUCGCCACUACAUCCGGUGGAACACACGUCAACUAUAUUGCCGACCAGAUCACGGGCUCACUGCUCAAGACCCUCGACAAGAAAAAGAAGGGCCACGCUCUCAAGCAGAACCACAUUCGCAAUCACAUCUUCAUCUUUGUGAACUGUCUUGUCAACAACCCCGCGUUCACUUCCCAAACGAAGGAGCAGAUGACCACCAAGGUCAGCCAGUUUGGUAGCAAGUGUGCCUUGACUGAGGAAUUCCUAAAGAAGAUCGCCAAAUCAGACGCCAUCCAGAACAUCAUCGACUUCGCCGAGAAGAAGGCCGACAAGAUGAUGGCCAAGAGCGACGGAAACAAGCGAUCUCGCAUCAGCAACUCGAAACUAGUUGAUGCCAACUUGGCUGGCACCCGCCAUGGCCAUGAAUGCACACUCAUUCUCACGGAAGGUGACUCUGCCAAGAGUUUGGCUGUUGCCGGCCGUGCAAUUCUCGACCCCGACCGCAUUGGAGUUUUCCCCCUUCGUGGUAAGAUGCUGAACGUCCGUGAUGCAUCCAUCGACCAGAUCACGAAGAACCAGGAAAUCCAGAACAUCAAGCAGUUCCUCGGUCUGAAGCACAAGCAGACCUACACCGACACAAAGAGUCUACGAUAUGGCCAUCUGAUGAUCAUGGCCGAUCAGGAUCACGACGGUUCUCAUAUCAAGGGUCUUCUCAUCAACUUCUUGCAGGUCCAGUACCCAUCCUUGCUGCAAAUCCCCGACUUCUUCCGGGAGUUCAUCACUCCUAUCGUGAAGGUCUGGCAAGGACCCAACCCCAAGAAGCCGGUUCGCCUCAAGUCUUUCUUCACCCAGCCUCAGUACGAAGAGUGGAAGGAAGGCCACAGGAGCGAGCUGUCCAGGUGGCACUACAAGUACUUCAAGGGUCUGGGUACCAGUUCGAACGAGGACGCCCAGGUCUACUUUACCAACCUCGAUGACCAUCUCAAGGAGUUCGACACGAUGAAGCCGGAUGAGGUCGAGCUCUUCGACCUGGCUUUCUCCAAGAAAAAGGCAGACGCUAGAAAGGAAUGGCUCGGUAACUUUGUGCCCGGUACUUUCCUCGACCACUCGACCAAGUCCAUUACCUACACGGACUUCGUCAACAAGGAACUUAUCCUUUUCUCUAUGGCUGAUAACAUGCGAUCCAUCCCUUCCGUCGUCGAUGGAUUGAAGCCCGGUCAGCGUAAGGUCAUUUACGCCUGUUUCAAGAGGAACUUGGUCAAGGAUCAGAAGGUUGUUGAAUUGGCUGGUUACAUUUCCGAGCAGACCUCGUACCACCACGGUGAAGUCUCUCUCCAGCAGACCAUCAUUGGUCUUGCUCAGAACUUCGUGGGCUCCAACAACAUCAACUGCUUGGAGCCCUCCGGAAACUUCGGUUCUCGUCUUGCCGGUGGUUCGGAUGCUGCCAGUCCUCGUUACAUUCAUACGAGACUGUCUCCCUUCGCCAGAAAGAUCUUCUCUGCCCUCGAUGAGCCCAACUUGGAGCCCCAGUACGAGGACGGAAAGAGAAUCGAGCCCAAGGUCUAUGCGCCGAUCCUUCCCAUGAUUCUGUGCAACGGUGCCGAUGGUAUUGGUACUGGUUGGAGUACCUCCAUCCCCAACUACCACCCGAUCGACAUCGUCAACAACCUCAAGAGGCGCAUGGGCCGCCUCGAUGCCUCAAACCCAGAGGACGCUGCGUUCCAGCCCAUGAUGCCGUGGUUCCGUGGCUGGAAGGGUACUCCCGAGCAGUCCGAGAAGGACCGUUACAAGUUCAACGGUAUCUGUGAGCUCGACGAGAGAACAGGUGAAGUCAUUGUUACCGAACUCCCCAUCCGCAUGUGGACAGAUGACUUCAAGGCGAAGCUUGAAGAGGUCAUCAGCGGCACUAAGGGCCCGGUUUGGAUCAAGGAUUACAAGGAAUUCAACGACCACAAGAACGUUCACUUCGUCAUUCAGAUGGAUGACAAGCACUCCAAGGACGUCUUGGCGGAUGGUCUCAUGGAGCGGUUCAAGCUUAGCAAGCAGAUCGCGACCUCAAACUUGGUUGCCUUUGACACUCGGGGCCAGAUUCGCAAGUACGAAAAGGUCGAGGACAUUCUGGAGGAGUUCUACAACUACCGUUUGGAGAUGUACGCUCAGCGCAAGAAGCACUGGCUCGGUGUAUACCACUCGGACUUCAGAAAGCUCUCUGAGCAGGCCCGUUUCAUCAGGGAGAUUAUCGACGGCAAGCUUAUCGUGGCCAAGAAGAAGAAGCAGGUCCUCGUUGAGGAGCUUGCCAAGCGCAAGUACGAGGCUUUCCCCAGGAACAAGGACAAGAACGUCAAGAAGAAGUCCACCGACGAAGACAUGGAGGGCAAUGAUGAGGAUGAGGAGGACAACGACGAACAGACCAACGGUUACGACUACCUGCUUUCUGUUGGUGCCCCUUGA